CAUUCGGGCGCUUCGGGGAGAUAGUUGAGCCGUGCUGCAGGAUCGGGCUUCUGAGUCUUGUUGGAGUUAUUCCUGGCGCAGCAGCUUAUGCACUCGAAGUCUCUCCGCAGAAGUGGUACCUCAAGUCCGCGCUGCGUAGCACGCGCAUGUCUAUUGAGGACUUCGUCGGCCGUUGCUGGGUCCUUGCGCUCGGGUUGAAACACCUACAAGACGUUGGUAGAAUCAUCCUGGAGCAGCCGACCAUAGUCGCGCUUCAGCGAGUCCGCGAGGAGCUUCCGGAUUCAGUUGCACGUUCUAGAGGCUUGAACCUGAAAGCCAUAAGAGCGCUGUCGCCUGUCCUUGAUCUCCACCUUUCUCAGCAGAGCUCGCUCGUUUUGGAGAUCGCUAACGCGUCUCUGUAUGCCAAGUGCUUUCCAAAGCUGGACGCUUUGCCGUGGAGAGCCAUCAGGCACUGCAGCACCGCCCCUGAACUACUUCGUUUUCUGGAAACCUCGGCAGACCUCAAGACAGACCCGGGCUUCUCGUGCAAAAUAGUAGAAGUCAGCAAGCGCUUCCCCGAGGUCUUUGCACUGAAUAGUGGUUGCCUCAACAACGUCAUACACCUGCUGCGUAAGGUGUCGGCGGGUAUCAUAUAUGCUGAACGCUUACACAAGCAGGCUGCUGACGAAGCUAGAAAAGCACGCCUGAGCAUGAUGCGGCUGGAUAUCUCUACGCACCUCAAGCUCUACCAGUUGUACAACAAGAUGGGUGAGACACAGCGCCAAACGAAGCUGCAGCUAGAAGCGGAGUACUAUCGUCAGCACGGCCUCCCAAAGCUAGAAGAGAUCGAUGAGGAAGCUCGCCAGAGCUCGCGGAACGUUCGAUGGAACUCGUUGCUGGUCGGCACCAAGACCCGGGGGGAGCGUUGUGGAUAUGAUGCCCAACAGUCCAAGGUGAAGGACAUAAUGCAGGUUGAUGCGCUUGCGUUGUCGGCGGCGGAGAAGGACAAGCUGGAAACUGAAGUCGCCCAGCGGCGGGAGGAGGUUCGCUUGCGGCGGCAUGCUUAUUAUGACCGCAUUCGGACGGAGAUCAGUCGCCGCGAGUGCGCCUCUCUACAACGAAAAACAACAUUGGGAAUGUGUUCUAGUUUCAACAUCGACAACCUGCUGCAGGAUGAAGAUGUGCAGAGGUUCUUCAUGACGAGGACCCGCUCUGGAAUGGAGGCAUGUGCUCAGCUGCGGAGCAAGCAGGACCCGAGCUUCGACCUUCCCGAUCGGGUUGCGACUAUACCGCUGCCUCCAGCAAGCUCUCUCCCAAAGACUGUGGACGCUCCUAUUGCGGAACUAGUACGAAGGGCGCAAAGCAAAGGGAAGUCGAGCGUUCUCGGUGGGCUUCUAGUACAUCUCCCGCUCGAUGGUCUGGAUGGGUAUCCGGUUGCUGUGCGGCUCGUGUCUUUCGUCAGCAUCCAGCCGUACCGGGUCUUCGGCACGCGCUUAGUACCUUUGGAUCCAUUCUCUUCUGAUGGUGUCCGAUUGAUCCACACAAACGAGCAGCCAGUGGAGCUCGCAGCAGUGUCGGCGGGUGAUGUCUUCUUCAUUGAGCCACAGCAUGUUCUUGGCGAAGGGAUGACGCGCACUUCGUCACAGAGCAUUUUUCACAUGUGUCUGCGUGGUGCUGACUCGGUCGCAAUCAACAUCACACAAGCAAAGACACGAGUUCAGCGCAAAGCUACCAAUGCCGUGGAGCCGCGACCUGCAGCCCGCCGGGAGGUGGCUGCCCGUGUAGCUGCUCCAGUAGCGGCAGAGAACCGGCCACAGCAACGAGCCAUUGCUCAACCCGAGCCACAGCAUGAGAUUCCGGACAACUUUGAGGAGAUUCGGGAUCAGGUGCAAGAUGGAUUCGACAGCGUCAUGCUCGAGCUCAUGCCGCAUGGGACAAAGCCGUUCAAAAUCCACCUUCGAGGUGGUAAAUGGACGCAACGAAAUAAGGGGGCAGCUGCUGACUACGUCAGGAUGACAGUGCAGGACGUGAAGAUGGCAGCUGUGCUGCACAACCUUGGCCUCUUCAAGGAAGGGGUGAAGUCGAGGGACUUUAGUAUCUCUAUCCACGGCGGUGAGCGUGAAGCGGCUGUCGCAGCUGCACAUGUUGCGCGAGCGUUCAAGUUUUUUGCCCGGAAUGGUGCCACGACAACUACUCUCGGGAGCGAAGACGAAGCCACGCCACACACUUUGAUGGCCCGCGAGGAGUGGCGUGUGGAUUUAAAAACUGACGUGGAUGGUGUAGUUGAUGCUCUCAAGCUUCGUGGCGAGUAUGUCACGAAUAGGCUGCGAAAGGACUUCUUUGAUCUUGUUCAAAGUAUCGCCUAUGCGCGACAAUUUGUGGCGCCAACUGAUAGCGACUUGCUCGCGAUGGUGUAGGAGAAAACUUUUUGACAGAUCAAGCAUCUUCUUGUGGCUUCGACUUGGAUGGAGAUGAUUUGCUUGGUGGAGGUUGUGUUCUUGGUGGUGGCACUUCGUCGAGAGCGACUGGCUCUGCUCUGGGAGAGUCUAGUAUGUUGAGGUGGAUGCCUUGACAUUGGAG